UGAAAAUUUUUUACUUAUCUCUUCUGAACUUGAGCUGGAAAGAGAAGGGGUUUUGCCCUUGCCUGGGCAAAAGGAUGGUGGCAAGUGGGUGGCCAAGUGUCCCAAUUUGCCUGGGACUGAGGGGUUUCCCAGGACAAGGGACUUUCAGUGCUGGGCAAACUGGAUGAUUGGUUGCCCUAGUGGUGAGAAAGAUGAAGGUUUGGAGGUGGCUUGGAGCAGAGGUCCUAGAAGCGCUGUCCACCUGUUCUCUUUCUAUAUGGAGAUUCUCUCUGGGCCCCGCUGACUGGUGUGGUGGUUUUUAUUAUAAGGUGCGACUCCUUAUUGGGAAGCUGGUGGAGGUCCAGGGAAGAGAAGUGAGGGGCAGCCUUCAUACCAGUCACAAGCCCCAACCGAGACAACUAUUGCCGGGAAAGAGGCUGAAAUGCUUGACUAGCACUGAUGCUGUGGGGAUUUUCCCUUUUUCUUCAAAAAAAAAAAACAGAAAAGACCCAGUGGAAAAAAAAAAAGUGAUGAGUUGUAAGGCAGACAGCGGGUCCUACGCAGACCCAGGAGACAGUGCGCAGCUCAUUUGUUUAAAUUUGCAGCUGACGGCUGCCGCCUCUCUAUAGGCACCAGGGAAAGAACCUCUCAACAUCAGACGGUGACCAGUCUGGUGACGUACAGCUACAACCAUGAACUACCCCCUAACCCUGGACAUGGACCUCACGAACUACAAUCUGGAGGACCUGUACAAGGAAUUAGGCAGCUUCAAUGACAGCGCGGAGCCCCCCACGGUGGAAAAUCACCUCUGCUCCACAGUUGAGGGGCCCCUCCUGAGCUCCUUCAAGGCCGUGUUCAUGCCCAUGGCCUAUGGCCUCAUCUUCCUCCUGGGUAUGAUGGGGAACAUCCUGGUGCUGGUGAUCCUGGAGCGGCACCGGCAAACACGCAGCUCCACUGAGACCUUCCUGUUCCACCUGGCGGUGGCCGACCUCCUACUGGUCUUCAUCCUGCCCUUUGCUGUGGCCGAGGGCUCUGUAGGCUGGGUCCUGGGCACCUUCCUCUGCAAAACUGUGAUUGCUCUGCACAAGAUCAACUUCUACUGCAGCAGCCUGCUCCUGGCCUGCAUUGCUGUGGACCGCUACCUGGCCAUCGUCCAUGCCGUCCACGCCUACCGCCACCGCCGCCUCCUCUCCAUCCACAUCACCUGUGCAACCAUUUGGCUGGCGGGCUUCUUCUUCGCUUUGCCAGAGCUUCUCUUCGCCAAGGUCAGCCAACCCCAUCACAAUGACUCUCUGCCACGCUGUACCUUCUCCCAGGAGAACCAAGCCGAAACCAAUGCCUGGUUCACCUCCCGCUUCCUCUACCAUGUUGGAGGAUUCCUGCUGCCAAUGUUGGUGAUGGGGUGGUGCUAUGUAGGGGUGGUGAACAGGCUGUGCCAGGCCCAGCGACGCCCUCAGCGACAGAAGGCAGUCAGGGUGGCCAUCCUGGUGACGAGUGUCUUCUUUCUCUGCUGGUCACCCUACCAUGUCGUCAUCUUCCUGGACACCCUGGCGAGGCUGAAGGCCAUGGGCAAUAGCUGUGAGCUGAAUGGCUAUCUCUCUGUGGCCAUCACCAUGAGUGAGUUCCUGGGCCUGGCCCACUGCUGCCUCAAUCCCAUGCUCUACACUUUCGCCGGCGUGAAGUUCCGGAGUGACCUGUCACGGCUUCUGACCAAGCUGGGCUGUGCCGGCCCCGCCUCCCUCUGCCAGUUUUUGCCUAGUUGGCGCAAGAGCAGUAACUCUGAGUCAGAGAAUGCCACCUCCCUCACCACCUUCUAGCUCCCAGCUCCCCUGUUUCUGUUUUCUUUGGGGGGAUGCAGUGAUGCUAGAACCCCUUCCAACAGGAGCUGGGAUCCUAAGAGCUCAUCUUGGCCAGUGUCCUCAUAUGGGGCAGCUAGAUGAACCAACCCCUCUUUCCAGGACAUCCCUGCCAGCUCUUCUCCCAGCACCUAAGAGUAAGUGCUAGGCUAGAGUCCAGGGAGGAGAAAGCAGCCCAAAGGCAAAGCAAAGGAUACCUGUACCUGUCUGCAUCACCUUGGGCCAAGAGGACGCCUCACACCUUCUCUCAUGUUAACCAUCCAAAGCUCAAGAAACAACUUUUACUUCUGCCCUUGCCAAUAGGGAAAGUCAGUCCCCUCCCAGAACGUACUCCAUCCCCUUUUGGGCCACUGACCUCCACAACUACCCACGUCUCCUCCUACCCCACCUGCUGAAAGAAGCUAAAAGCUGAGGACCAGGGGACAGAUGGAGGUUAAGGCUGAGGUAAGGCCAGCGGGCAACAGAGUGUGGCCUUAACUUGUGUCAGUCCCUAACAAACACAGCCAGGCCACCAGCCCUGCAGCACCUUGACCAAGCAGGAAGCUCAGACUGACCCGGUCCAGGCAGCUGCCUCCGGCUCUGACCAAAACAGCACUGGGCCAGCCCCUUGUCACUG